AUUUUCCUCUCCACAAAACCUCCCUGCCCCCGAAAGACUGCAACGGCCUCACCCAAACAAACUACCAAAACCCCGGAGCUUAAGCAGCUGAUUGUCUCCGGCUCUCCGCCACUCUCCGGUUCUCUGGAUUUUCAGAGUUGUGUAUCUGAACAAUCCUGGGUCAAGUUAUUGGCUUUUCUUUUGAGGUAAAACUAAGGCUAAGAUCGUCAUCCUGGAGUGGUCAUAAUACCAUAGCUUUUUCCAAAGUGGAGGUUUAUGAAAGGAAGUUCCCAGCAGUCCAGUAGUUGUUCACAAUGGAUUUGAAAUUUAAAGGUAAUUUUUGGGUCGGAAACAUAUACCAGAAACUUGAAACAGUGUGCCAGGAGGUGGAUAACAUUGUGAGACAGGAUUCAGUUAAAUAUGUUGGGAACCAGGUUCAAACAGUCGGCAAGUCCUUGAAGAAAUUCUGUUCUGAUGUUGUUGAGGACUUUCUACCUCCUUCAGUAGAUAAAGUGAAAAAUGAUGCACAAGCAGUGGUUCUAAACGGAGGAAACUCUUCCAUUGGUAACAAUAUUAUGUCAAUGAUAGGAAUUGAGGAAAAUCCAACAGGUACAGUUAUUAAGCUACCAUACUCGGACCCCAAUGCUAUUGAUCAUCUGGAGAACCAGCUGGGUCAUUCAUUUAGUCCUCUUGUAAAUGGUCUGACUUGUGUCAAUCCUGUUGCAGGGUCGGAGACUAACUUGGCCACAGAUCAAGAUGUUUUGGCAGAUGAUAAGUCAAAUGCCAGCAAAAAGGGAAAUGCCGAAAAUGAGAAUCAUACAUCAUUGAAGUCGAAUUUAAUCUGCUCUCAUCAUAAGGAAUCCCUUGAAUCGUCAUUGUCUACGGAAUUCGUUGUUCGUAAUCAUGACUAUGAAGAUCGUGUUUCGGAUGAGUUUGUGCAUGAAACUUCAGCUAAUACUCUGGCGAACCAGCUGGUUCAUGGUUAUUGUGAGCUUAACCUUGUGAAUGAGGCAACUACUCCAAUUUUAGCCAAUUCUCUUGAGGAAGCAGAGACUGUUUCAGCUCCAGGUCAAAUCAGCGAUAUUUUUGGCAAUGGGAAUUCAAAUGUCAGUCCAAAAGAAAAUGCUGACAAGGAAUAUUAUACUUCUGCGGAGUCAGAUGUAAUCUCUCUUGGUGAGAGAGAAUUCUCUGAAGCAUUGUUCUCUGGUGAAUCUGUUGGUUGUAAUUAUGAAUAUUCAUUUGGGAUCUUGGAUAAGGUUUUGCAUGAAACUUCAGCUGCUCUUGUAGAGAACCAGCUUGGUGAUUCAUCUGAUGGGAUUCUCUGUGUAAAUAAUGUAACUACAACUGCAGUCAUUCCUGUUGAGGAGGCUGAUUCUGCCUUUGCUCCAGGUCUAGACAGUGAUGUUUUGAAAGAUGAGAAUCCUAAUGAAAGCACAGAAGAAAAUGCUCAAAAGGAGAACUCUGCAUCGGUGAAAUUGGACAUAAUAUUGCCUGAUAGGAACAAAUCCUUUGACGUAUCAUUAUCUAGUAAAUUCGUCAGUUGUAAUCAUGACUAUGCAUAUGGGGUUGUGGAUGAGGUUUUGCCUGCAACUUCAACUGAUCCUGUGGAUAACCAGCUGGGUGAUACAUUUAGUGGGCUUCACCUUCUAAAUGCCACUACUACUCCAGCGUCAGUCAAUCCUGUAGAGGAGGCAGAGACUGGCUUACCUCCAGGAUUGGCUUUGUCAAGCAUAUGUUGUGAGGAAAAAACAUCAGCUACUGGCCUUGUAACCUCCACCAGUUCGGAACUGAUGGACUCUUGUAGUCUGUCCAAGAUUUCACGUGAAAAAUCCCCUAUAAAAGCAGUGUCAUACAAUGCCCCUACAAAUGUGGCUACACAUGUAGGUGCUAGUUCCAACUUUAUCCUCCCUUUUGAAUCGUUUUCAACGGUACCCAGUGGGAACAAGGUAGUGGCAAAGGAAGCCUUCCCCUUCAGCAGCAUGCUGUCAUCAGAAACAAUUGGAUGUUGUAGGAGAAGUCAUACUAAUGACUCUGUCAUGAGAACUGUUGGAUUGUGCAAAGAUACAAGGCCUGAGGACACCUGUGACGUUGUGGACGAUAGAAUGCUUUAUGCUGUCUCUCGUAGAGUCCGAAAUCUUAGAUCCUACAAGAAAAAAAUCCAAGAUGCUUUUUACUCGAGGAAGAGGUUAGCUAAGGAGUAUGAGCAGCUACCAAUUUGGUUUGGCGACGUCAAUCUGGAAGCCAGUCAAGACAGAGUUUCCUUAUCCAACAACUUGGAGAAUUCGGACCUAGAACCUGUUGAUGACUCUGAAUGGGAGCUGUUGUAGAUAAGGUGAGUUACGUAUGGUUAGUUACACCCUGCUUGUGCAGGAAAAGGUCUCAAAGAUUCUGCUUCUCCAUUUUUUGUGAAUAAUUAUUGUCAAACAGAAAUGUACAACUAAUAAGGUUGUCAAAGAUGAUAAAAGAAUCGUCUCGAUGUCUUUUCGGUAUCUAGUUGGCUGGCUGUCAAUGGACGCCCUCUCUUUUCUUUUUGUUUUUCAUUUUUAUUGAAUGCCUAGUAACACCAGUGGAUGCAAUCGGCGAAUUUUGUAUCUGAUCUUUUGUUUCUUCGUCAAGGGUUUACCCUUGCGUUCCCCAUAAAUAGAUGUAUGAGCAUCUUUUCUGUACUCUUAA